CAGCAUCUCCCACGUGAAGCUGAGUCACAACAGAAAGUAGGUUUUUCUCUUUUCAGACCCUUUUGGAGGAUGUGUAAAUCUGGCAGCAGCAUGAAAGUGUGACUCACGUCACCAUGACUGGCAGAACCAGGGCCCGUGUUUGGGGCCAGUGUUUACCUUCCUGAAGGAUCAGAGGACUACAACCAGUUAAUGAUCUACCUCCACCCACAACCUGCUCCAGGGUCAGAGUCACUGACAGUCCCGGGUUCACGGUGUUUAGGUCCAGGACCGAGAUCCGGAGCCAUGUUCCACGAAGCCUGGUCUUAUCUGCUGUAUCUAUACACUGUGGUGCACCAGGCCGUCGUUCCUUGUGCACGUCAGCAGGAGCUGCUGGUGAAAACCAUCGACCACCAGCAGUAUCUGGGGAAAUGGUACUUCAAGGCAGCUGUCAGUCACCGGGAGGCCGACAUCCAGAUGUUCAAGGCCUUCGACAACAUCGUAUUCACCAUAGAGGAGAAAAACAACGACACGCUGCUCCUGACUGGGAAUAUGCGCAUGGGAGACGACUGCAUCACGCAGAAAUGGACCUACCGCCUCCAGCCGGGGAGGGAUGACAUGGUCCUGGAAGGGAGGCCCCAGCGCAGGAACCUGCUGUGGAGCGGCGCCUGGGCCGACUGCUCCGACUGCAUCGUCUUCCAGGAAGUGGAGCCGCCGCUGAGAGACACGGACGCCGAGGACUCCCUCAGCAGACAAAUGCUGUAUGCUCGUCGGAGCGACACCGACUCGGAGAUGGUGACAACGUUUCUGAAGAGCUCGGCUUGUUACGGGUCGACGGCGAGCGUCACGCUACCUCAGGAGAAAGCGUUCUGCCUCUAGCGGCGGACGGAGAGGCGGAGACUUAGGCGGA